AUGUAUUCCUCCGGGAGAGUAGGCGAGUACCUGGAGUCAACUGCACGACUUGGCUCCGCCCGAGGGCUCUAUGUUCCAGGGAGCAUGACUAUCCUGGUGAUCCGCAACCGCAGCGGGAGGCCUGAACUCAUUAUUGCACUGAAGAGAGAUGCAAAGGGCAUGACAAAGAAACAGAAAAAGCACCCACAUCACUCUAUGCCCGAAGAUAUCGGGUCUCUCCUGCUUUGCCUCAACCCUGUGCUGGAGCUGUUGGUGCUGUGCCUUGCGUGUGGCCUCUUCCGCGAUUUUAAGACUGUAGAUGAAAUCUUCUCACUUGAACCUUCUGCAGAUGAGGGAAGUUAUGAACUGGCUCUUUGCAAACCCACCAUGCUGUUGUUCGGCCCGCACUCCUCUUUUUCAAAAGAGGAGGAUGUGGGGCUUGAAAGCGCGUCAAGGAAGCAGCUCGGCAAGGGCAAGGGAAGCAUGAAGAUGGUGAUGGAGACACUGUUGUAUGAGGCCAUUUCAGACAAUGGACCUACGGGCAAGAUCCUCACUGCCAGCUGGUUUGGGAAAGAGCUACCGAGGCUGGGUCGUCGGGCAGGAUAUGUCAGGUUCAUCACUGUUCAUGACAUAAGAGUGGAGGUGCUUGUCCGUGCUGAUGUCUGUAGUGUGCAGGGUGUUGGAAACAUCCUUGGGCUGGCACAGCAUGAUGAUAUCACUGAGCACUUUCGCGGCUUGUCUCUGAGACGCCAUUCAAGGCUCUUUCAGUGUCUUCCUGCAAAGUUGCGCCAGGAUCUGGAGGACAGACAAGAGUUUGUCCAGCUCAAUGUCCGGAUUGAGGAGCUGAACAGUAAGAUCCGAGCCUCGGGGACCUCAGAGAAGGAAUGCCAGAAGCUGGAAGGUGAACAGUGCUCUUGCUACCUGCAGAAACAGAAGCUCGAGGCUCAGGAGCUGAAUGACUGGCAAAAACAGUUCAUUGAAGAGUGUAAACCAGGUACAGCUGUGGAGGAGGAUGAGCACAGUGUGAGCUACCACUGGAGGUGGUUCAAUCGCGUUGCCCAUCUUAUGCCUGAACAGAAGAGGCUCAGUGAGAUGUUGUUCCUGUGUGUCCCGUUGCGGAGCUCAGAGGGAAGGCAGGUGAUUGAUGACAUGAUGACUCUGUGCUGUAGAAGGAGCCCGGUGUCGGACCAUCCAGCCCUGAAGGCUGAAAGUGGCUGUUGUCCUGCAGGCGGGUGCGGAAUUGAUGUGGAGAGGUGA